AUGGAUAUGAGAAGCCAUGAAAUGAUAGAGAGAAGAAGAGAAGACAAUGGCAACAAUGGUGUUUCCGGUAACAUCAAUAGCAUUGCUAAUGAAGACAAUUGCAAUGGUAACAACAACAACAGCAUCACUCGUGUCUCUUGCAACUCUCAAACCCUAGACCACCACCACCACCAAUCCAAGUCUCCGCCGUCGUUCUCCGCCGUUAAAUCCGCCAUACGUUACCGGGAGUGUCUGAAGAACCACGCGGCGAACGUCGGCGGGAGUGUUCACGACGGAUGCGGCGAGUUUAUGCCGAGUGGCGAAGAAGGAACAAUCGAGGCUCUCAGAUGCGCUGCUUGCGACUGCCACCGUAAUUUCCACCGGAAAGAAACCGACGGUGUUGGAAGCUCGGAUGUGAUCGCUCAUCACCACCGUCACCACCAGUACGGAGGAGGGAGACGACCUCCGCCGCCGAACAUGAUGCUUAACCCACUCAUGCUUCCUCCGCCGCCGAAUUACGGUCCGAUGCACCACCACAAGUACGGGAUGAGUCCUCCUGGCGGUGGUGGAGGAGGAAUGGUGACGCCGAUGAGCGUUGCUUACGGAGGAGGAAGCGGCGGAGGAGGAGGAGCUGAGUCGUCGAGUGAGGAUCUGAAUUUAUACGGACAGUCGAGCGGAGAGCAUGGAGGAACUCCGGGACAAAUGGCGUUUUCGAUGUCGUCGAAGAAACGAUUCAGGACAAAGUUCACGACGGAGCAGAAGGAGAGGAUGAUGGAGUUCGCUGAUAAGCUAGGGUGGAGGAUGAACAAGCAAGACGAAGAAGAGCUCAAACGAUUCUGCGGCGAGAUCGGAGUUAAGAGACAAGUCUUCAAAGUGUGGAUGCAUAACAACAAGAACAAUGCCAAGAAACCAUCACCAACAACAGCAACAGCAGCAACAACUCUCUAA